CCGAGCGGCCCGCGCGGUCACGUGGUGGUGCGGCGGCGGCGCAUGCGCGCUGCGGGCUGUUGUUGUGGCGGCGCGGCCCGCGGCUCACCCGGCCGGGAGCGAUGAGCGACAACGAUGACAUCGAGGUGGAGAGCGACGAGGAGCAGCCGAGGUUUCAGUCCGCGGCCGACAAACGGGCUCAUCACAACGCGCUGGAGCGCAAGCGCAGGGACCACAUCAAGGACAGUUUCCACAGCCUGCGGGACUCCGUCCCCUCUCUCCAGGGAGAGAAGCAACAGGCAUCCCGGGCCCAAAUCCUGGAUAAAGCCACAGAGUACAUCCAGUACAUGCGCCGGAAAAACCACACGCACCAGCAGGACAUCGACGACCUCAAGAGGCAGAACGCCCUCCUGGAGCAGCAAGUGCGCGCGCUGGAAAAGGCCCGCUCCAGCGCCCAGCUUCAAGCCAACUACCCCGCGACGGACAACAGCCUCUACACCAACCCCAAAGGCAGCGCCAUCUCCGCCUUCGACGGCGGCUCCGACUCCAGCUCCGAUUCGGAACCCGAGGAGCCGCAGAGCAGGAAGAAGCUGCGCGUGGAGGCCAGUUAGGCCCCCCCAGGGCCCCCCCCGCGGAAGGACUCUCUCCCUUCUCUCCUAGAGGCUUUGGGACUGCAGCUUCCCAGCCCCUUUCCCCGCUCUAAUCGCAACGGCCCCCAGGGGGGGGGGAAGCCGGCCAGGCAGGGCCUCGCAGCGCCCCACAGACUUGGAGGGGGGCGGUGGGGGGGGAGCCGGGGGCCACCAGGAGAUGCCCCCCCCCCCAUAACCCCCCCCCCCACCCCGCAACUAGCAAGCCCCUCUCCCCCUUCUGAUUUUAUACGAGCAUUUCUAUUUAUACCCAGGGACCACGGCAGUCCUGAGCUGAAGGGGGGAGGCUGCGCAGGAGCCGGGCAGCCCCCCCACCCCACCCCCCCCCCCCCCCCCCGCCCCUUCCUUUUUGUGUCCCCCACCCCUCAAAAAAAAGGCCAGGCCCCAGACAGAGCUGUGCCUGCCCCCCCACCCCCCCCGGCAAGCGCUGGGGGGGUCUCGCUAUUUAUUUUCUGCGUGUGCAAUUCCACCUUGCCCCCAGCGCCUGCCAGAGCUGGGGUGGGGGGGGGGUGGGGGGGGCAGCACCCGCAUCCCCUCCCUCCAGAGGGAGAGGGGCCGGGCUGGGUGUCCUGCCCCCCACCCUCCUCCUCCUCCUCCUCCUCCAUCCCUUGCCUCCCCCCCCCCCGGCCCUUCCCCACCUCCGUGGCAUUUUUCUGAUCUCUAGUGGCCCGUCCCUGCCCCGUAGGUGACACCCCCCCACCCCCCCGGCCCCCC